UAACUGCACACAGGUCACAGCCAAAGAUGAAAGCUGAAGAACCGCAGGUGGCGCCGCCGGGCAUCCGCCGUGGGAAAGAUCUGCCCAAAGAUGAUAAGCCGGUCAUCCUCCGCUGGCAAGAUCUGCCCGAAGAUGAUCCAAACAGAGAUAUGAUUAUUGUGGCCCCCGAAGAUUUUAUGCCCCCGCCUGAGAAGGAGAGUGAAAAACCAUUGGCUAAUUACAUCAAAUAGGUGAUUUUGCUCUGGCCUGUAAGAUGUGUCCUAAUCCAGAUUGGCACCCGACCUUUCAGUGCCCCAACCUCACUCCUGAGCUCAAGGAAUGGCUAAAAGAAGCAAGACUCAAAGGUGGAACAUUUAGGGCUUUCCACCCUGAUGACCGGUAUUGUCACGUUUGUUUGUCGAAAGACCACUGGUCUUCAGCAUGCCCGUACCAGAUUGAACUUCCAGUAGGUGCAACAAUUGGCCCUUUUGCUGAAAUACUCUGUCUGUGUUGUGGUGAGGAUAGACCUCACCCUGGUGUGCCUGGUGUCGACUGGAAAGCAAGAGUUGUUCUCAAGGAUUCUUGUAUGUUAGGUAGCCCUGAAGCUUUAAGAAGGGCAGCUGCCGCCCGCGGCAUCAAGGCAAAUACAUCUGCAGCAGCCAGUGGCACUGUCCUGAAGGCAAGUGCUUCAAAAGCCACAACUGCUGGCACUGCCACCUCCACCUCCACAUCUGAUGAGUACUUGGUUUCUUCAACCAGCCUUUCUGCGUAGGAUACAUUAGAGUCUGAUUUGCCUGUACCUUUGCAGAUGGGCUCUCUGGAAUAGAAAUGUAAUUCGGAACAAACAAGUUAGAGUUAUUAUAUUGAUGUAUAUCCUUGUUUAAUUGUCUAGGACAAAUGCAGAUAUGAUGUGUAGUUGGUUGGAUGCUAUAUAGUUCAGUUUGCUCUUAUCA